GACAAAAUGGCCCCCGCUGCCGGUGGAAAGAAGCAAAAGAAGAAGUGGUCCAAGGGCAAGGUCAAGGACAAGGCCCAACACGCCGUCAUCCUCGACAAGACCACUUCCGAGAAGCUCUACAAGGAUGUCCAGUCCUACCGCCUGGUCACCGUCGCCACCCUCGUCGACCGAAUGAAGAUCAACGGUUCGCUGGCCCGACAGUGCCUCGCCGACCUCGAGGAGAAGGGCAUGAUCAAGCCCGUCAUCACUCACAGCAAGAUGAAGAUCUACACCCGUGCCGUCGGUGGUUCUGACUAAGUGCAAUGAACGAAAAGAAUCAAGUCUCACGAUUUCGCGUCUGGGUGGCCUGGACGAUAGACAGGCCACAUGGUCGGAGGGUGUUGCAAGGCGAAAAAAAAUAAGCCUGGGUUAGGACGCUUUUCAUGCUCGGUUAGCAUUGGGACGGAAUUGCUUUAGCAUAUACGGCAACGGAAUGAAAGAUCUUCGAAAUGACCAAGCAUUGUUCCCUCCUGUGACGCGGAUAUUGGUGUAUUUGUUUGAUGCCUGCCUGGCGAGGAGACAUAUGACAUUGGAUGAUGGUGUCAGUGAUGGAAGAUAGGGCCUGUGUCUCAAUGUAUUAGUGCCUCUU